GAAAGAAUGAUGUAAGCAAUGACGAUAAGAAAUCAUUUUAAUGUUAAAUAGAAUAACAAUUACCAUGUACCUUUAAAUAGGCUCGCUCUCUAUUCUCUUUCUGAACUCACAGAAGUUGCAAUCUCCAACUUGAGCACCAAUUAGGGAGUAAAAAGAUUGAAGUGAAACAAAGAAGAGGAAGCAGAAUGGCUGAGGAGCAGAUAAUUCAAAUUCCCAGAGUACAACUGGGAAGUCAGGGUUUCGAGGUUUCCAAGUUGGGAUUUGGGUGUAUGGGGCUUACAGGAAUCUAUAACGCUCCAGUCCCUGAAGAGCUUGGCAUAUCAAUCGUCAAGUACGCGUUCAAUAAAGGAAUAACAUUCUUUGAUACAUCAGAUGUAUAUGGACCGCAUACUAAUGAAGUUUUGGUGGGAAAGGCAUUGAAGCAGUUACCUCGAGAUAAGGUUCAAUUGGCAACAAAGUUUGGUAUUGUAAAAAUUGAAAACACUCAAGUGGUUGUAAAUGGCACUCCUGAAUAUGUCCGCUCCUGCUGCGAAGCUAGCCUGAAGCGCCUUGGUGUGGACUACAUUGAUCUUUACUAUCAGCACCGGAUAGAUACAACUGUCCCCAUAGAAGACACUAUGGAGGAAUUGAAAAAGUUGGUGAAAGAGGGAAAAAUAAAGUACAUUGGACUAUCUGAAGCUAGCCCAAACACAAUAAGGAGGGCACAUGCAGUUCACCCCAUAACUGCUAUACAGAUGGAGUGGUCCCUUUGGACUCGCGAAAUUGAGGAAGAAAUCGUCCCACUUUGCAGGGAACUUGGAAUUGGAAUAGUGCCAUACAGCCCCCUGGGUCGUGGAUUUUUUGGUGGCAGGGGAGUGGUGGAAAGUAUACCUGCAAAUAGUUUUCUGGCAUCAAAUCCUCGUUUGAUUGGAGACAACUUUGAGAAAAACAAGGUCCUUUAUGGUAACGUAGGAACGUUGGCUGAAAAGCAUGGAUGCACCCCUGCACAACUUGCCCUUGCUUGGGUUCUUAAUCAAGGUGAUGGUGUGGUACCUAUCCCUGGGACAACUAAGAUAAAAAAUCUUGAUACUAAUAUCGGUUCCUUGGGAGUGAAACUCACUGAAGAAGAUGUACAAGAGAUUUCUGAUAUGAUACCCAUCAAUGCGGCGGCAGGGGAAAGAAUAGUUGCCAGUUUUAUCACCUGCUCAUGGAAGUUUGCAGAUACACCAGCAAAAGAGGGCACAAUACUAUCUUAGAAAUGUUUGUGUAGGCAAUCGGGCCUGCAUAUAUUUUCUUGUAACAGAGAAUGUGAUGAGAUGUUGCUUGUGUGUAUUUUUAUUAUUAAUAAGACUGAUGUUGGUUUCCAAUGCAAUUGCAAGUUCUGUGGUGAA